AUGUGCCGCCAAAUCCCCCUCCAGCUAUCCAAGUACGCGGACCCCUCGUGCUUCACGUACAACCUGAACCACGUGGUGCUGCUGGUGGGCUAUCGCCUCACCGGCUCAGACCCCACCUUCCCGCACAUGGCGCCGCCCUUCUGGAUCAUCCGCAACUCAUGGGGCCCGGAGUGGGGCGACGGCGGGCACAUGCGGAUGGACAUCCAGGGGGGCGACGGCGUGUGUGGGAUCAACACCCUGCCUGGGAUCUACCCGGUGGUGCGCGCUGCCAAGGACCCCUGCAACGUCAACGGCACCAGCAGGGAGGAGUUUGGGUCUCUGUUCAACCCGUGUGGCAACUUCACGUGCACGGUUGAUGGAAGCAGCAAUCGCUGCGAUUGCAACGACCCGCGGGCGGCGGUGCGCAACCCGUGUGCGGUGGGCACGUGUGUGAAUGAUGGCAAGGGGUCGUACUCGUGUGUGUGCCCUCCGGGUUUCAGGCAGGGCACCACCGUUGAUGGCACCUUCUCCUGUGGCCCAGGCGACUCCAGCAGCAAGUACACGGUGGUGUUGGAGGGGCUCACGUGUGCAGACAUCCACCCCGUGUACGGCCUCUCUCUCGCCCAGCUGCAAGCCCAGAACCCGGGUUUGAGCUGCAGCGCUCCUCUUGUCGGCACGGUGGUGAACGUGGUCCAGCCAGCCGACCUCACACCCUGCUCCGUCUACUACACCACGUCCCAGGGUGACACAUGUGAGUCGCUAGCCACCUACUUCUCUCUCACCGCUGGCUGCCCAACUCCCACCGAGCCCUUCGCAGAGGCCUUCCAGGCGCUCAACCCCGGGCUGGACUGCUCCGGCAGCGGGGAGCUGCUGCCCAGCCAGGCGGUGUGUGUGGAGCGGCGGGCGGAGAGUGCAGCGGCGCUGCUCAUCCCGGUGUGCUCGCAGUUCUAUCUGGUGCAGGCCGGGGAGACGUGCGACCAGAUCCGCUCCGUGCCCUCCCCGCCGCUCUCCCCUCUCGAGUUCUUCCGCCUCAACCCCGGCAUCAAGUGCAGCCGCCUCGUGCCCAAGACUGACGUCCGCAGCCUCACAGGCUUCGAGGUCUCCCUCUGCUUUCCUCUUCGUCCACACCCCCUGCAUUCUCUCCUCCCUUUCUUCACCCUCUCCCCACUCGUCCGUGCCCUCUCCUCUUGCCUCUCAUUUUCUGACAUCCUGCUGAUUAACCCUAUAGUUCCCACCCAGCUUCACCCGCCUUCCAUCUAA